AUGUACCACUUACCUGCCAUGGGCACUCGCGACCGAUGGAAACCCUAUGCUGCGCGAUGGCAAGACUGGAUAGGGACGUUUAUUGGCCACAAGGGUGCCGUCUGGCAAGCAAAGCUAAGCCACGAUGCCUCCACGGCGGCUACCGGCUCAGGUGAUUACACAGCGAAGGUUUGGGACACGCACACCGGGGAGUUGCUGUAUGAUAUCAUACACAAUGGCAUUGUACGUUCCAUCGCUUUCGCUCCCCAUAAUGCCGACUUGCUAGCUACCGGCGGUUUAAAAAAAGAGCUUCGUAUCUUCGAUUUAGCAAAGGAGCGGCCUCACCCCAGCUCGCCGUCCAACACGCCAAUAGAGACUGUCACUCUGGACGCUUCGUCUGCUUUUGAAAUCGGUGCUGGCGUGCACAAAGACUCCAUCAAAUUCAUUGUAUGGACAAAUGUUCCUACGACUCUGGUGACGGCAUCUGGGAACACCUUGCGUUGGUUUGAUAUUCCCACUGUAAGCUGUUUCCACGAGGAGACCUUGGACGGCGAGAUUAAGUCAUGCGAAGUCGUUGCUUUGGCCCCUGGCUAUAGUGACCAUAAAGACAUUGGUGGCGGCAAUCCGGUGCUUGCUGUCGCUGCCGGAAAGACGGUAUAUUUCUGGGAAGGGGACCAGUUUGACAAACGAACAAAAUCGUUUGAGUUAUCGCACGGCGUGGCCAGCGUCGGCCUUGAUCUCAAAGGGCGAAAAUUUGCUGUUGGCGAGGAACCGGGCACAUGGGUCCGAGUAUAUUCCUGGGACGAUGGCAGCGAAAUUGGGCCACCACGGCCCGGUCUGGUCAAUCGCAUUCUCGCCGGAUGGGAGACUGUAUGCGACCGGCUCUGA